AUGUCAGAAACUCCCUCACUCACCGAGCUUCCUAACGAAAUCCUCCUGGAUAUAUACCAGCAGCUGGACUUGGAUGGCGUUUUUAACCUCUGCGCUACCCACAGCACAUUUCAUGAACUAUUUAGCAAGAAAAAGUCUUCAAUACUACUCCCUGUUCUUAUUCGGGAGUUCAGUCCUUUUGACGAACUUCUUCAAAUCUAUACAGCCUCAAUCGAAGACCUGGACUGUCGCAGUGGCCUGUAUGCGCCGCGCAAAGUCAUAUUCAAGCGGUUCCUCGGAGACUCUGGAACAGUCCUAGCCCCACGCAAACCCGUCGUGGUGGAUGAUGCUUUGAACGGGUUUAUCACUCUCGAUAAGCCUGGGAAGCCUACUAUACCCCAAAACCAGCCUCUCAAAACGGUUGUUCUGACAGAGAAUGACUUGAAGCCGCUUCUUGGCUACUGCUCACUCGUUUUGAAGUGGCAAGCUAGGUUUCCGCAGAUGAGAUGGUAUCAUGAACCUGAGAACUGUCGACACCUUCGAGAGCACGAAGCAGAGAGAUUUCGAAGGGCCAUGUAUCGGUGGUGGCUCUAUGGCUUCUACUUUCACGGGGAGUUUCCUCGCCCCCGUGUCGGUCUUCCCGAACCAGGUGUGGAUGAUGUGCGACUCAGUCAACUUCGAUUGUAUUCCACAAGUGAGCUCGUAGAGCUCAUGGACUUAGUCGAAACUAUGAAAGAUGUUGUCUUACACUAUCUCUGUCCUCGGCUUGACCCUGGCCAAGAUGAAUAUGAGGGAUGCGACUCUUAUCUGUAUGAUGUUGUUGACCGACCCGACUCACUUGCGAGAGGCUGGCGAGACCAGAGUCGAUGGGGCCGGAUUGUAAAGACGUACUGCAAACUUGGCCCUAAGGACCUUAUGCAUUUGUUCGAGAACAUCUACAGCUACCCGCGGAAACGCCUUAUCACAGAAGCUCGUUCUCUGCAACCGAACCUCAGUUUUGAUCAAGAAUCCAUCUCUGUAUCCACCCAAUGUGUCUUGGAUGAGAGACAGUGGUCAUUGAAUAUGCCGACUCUGCCUUUGGACGGAUUAGGAGGUAUACUGGACUGGGAUGAUGAACGUGAUGCAGAGCGUGCAAAGUUUGGGAGCGAUGCCAGCCCGGACGGAACGCUACCAGGAGGAGCCCGGAUGUUGCGAUCAUGGUCUCACUACUCGCCCCGAGGAGAUGAUGGAUCACACCUGGAUGAUAUUCAGCGACAUCCUUGGGUUGAAGGUAGAUACAUGGUAUCAUUUGCUUAA